AAUCAUUAUCAUCGAGAUCAAGAUUGCGAGUGGUUAAGAAACUCAAAUUGUUUCCUCCUAAACUUUACAAACGUUCUGCAAGACAUUGUAAGUGUUUUAUUGAAUGGCACGUGCGUAUCCGAUUCAAUAUCGGUUAUAAGUAGAUUCGAAUCUAUCAAUUCGAUAGAGACAGUUAACGAUAUAAAGAAGCUAAAGAAAUCAUUAAAAAAUAAAUCUAAAAAUAUUACAAGAAAUUAUGAUAGAUUGUUAACUCAAAAUUCAUUGAAGGUUGCCAACAAUCACUAUGUCAAUGAUCGUUUAGUAUUUAAUAAUGGAUCGAGGAAAUCAGUAAAAGGAAACAAGUAUCAAAAGAAUCGUAUUGAGUACAGAUGGAAACGAAGGACAUUGUGCGCUGUUCCCGAUAAUGGAAAUCAAGCCACGGGAAAACUGUUUGAUGACACAAUUUUUAGUAACGUGAAAAGAGAAACAGGAGAGAGAAAGACGUUGUCAGAUUAUGAUAGACUCGAUCUUUUGAACAAUAUCGAUAAUUCUGAUUCCUUGGUGCCACAUAUACGAGUAAAACGGAACAGAUUACUAUUCGAUCCUGUUUCCGUAUAUCAGCAAAAUUACUUGAAAGACCUAGCUAAUUCUUUCCCGCGGAAUAGCUACGAAUUAGUUGACGAAAACUCUUACGACGAUGAUGCAUCGUACGAUGCAAAACGUGAAAUCAAAUCACAGGAAUACUUUACAAAUGAUCAGCAGCUCAACGCGUUCUCGGCAAAGGAUCAACCAAAAAUUCGUAGCGUUUAUCCAUUCACGGCUUCUGUAUCCAUCGACGAAGAUAAAUCCGACAAAAGUGCGCUAGUUGGUGAUAGUAAAUCGAAUACAAUUGAGAACAAAAAUAGAAGAUCUACGAAUAAGGAAAAAUAUCAGGAUAAUGUAUCAUUAGAAGAACCAUCGACAGAUGAUGUUGCUGUUAUGAAACGACGACCCUACGAAGAUACGGAAGUUCAAGAUAUACCGGAAGAUUCUAUGCUAGCUGUAGAAUUAGUUAGAAAGAAACGAAAUAACUAUGCAAAGAUUCAUAAUAAGAAGAGAGCUACUUCUGAUUUUCAAAUUGAGAGAGACGAAAGAUCAGCUACGGAAGAGAAAGAAUCAGAAGCGGAGACAGAGAAUUCUGAGCAUAAUUUCAAUCCAUCGAGUUUAACUGUAGCUAACUUGAAAGCAAAGUUGUUACGUAUGAGAAGGAAAACGAAAGACAGCCGACGUGAGAAGAAGCCGAAGUUGAAGAAAAAGAAGAAACACGUGGGAAAGAAGCACAACAGUGCGAGUAAUCUUCAGAUAAGAGACGUUCGUUUGAGAGACACCGAUCCGUCGAGAGUGCCUCGUGAAAGGAAAACGACUGAUGCAAAGAGCGACGGUAAAUCAGAAGUAGACAUUGCUAGUAUAGUGGCUAAGAAAAAUAUUGACAACAAUUUUCGUGGUAGAUCCGUAAAAUCAAAAAAAUCGACCAAAAAUACGGAGCUUGAAAAUGAUCCUUCGAAGCGGAAUGCAAAUUUAAAAUUGAUUAGUAAAAAUAAAAUCAAUACUGAAAAUUCAAAACGCUCUGCAAGCGAAAGCGACGACGCUGGCGAUAAUAAUGACGAUGAUGAUGAUUCAGACGAUGAGCUCGGAUCAGAUGAAAGUCCGAAUACACGUCAGAGGCAGGGCACUGUUAAACAAGGUGAAGAAUCAUCAGAAGAAACAAAAUUACGCGCGAAGAGGAAUAAAUACACAUUGGGAAAUCACGGCUUUUUAAAUAAAGAGGAGGAAUUGAGGUAUUACGAGAGUAUCCGGGAGCCUGGGUCCAAAAUCGACGAGUUUAGCAAUCAAGAUGAAAAUCAACUUUCCGCAGGUAACAACGUCGAGCCUGUACGAGCGAUCAGAUCGAUCGAAGAAGUCAAGGAGCUUGCAAAAAAUCUGGUUUCAAAGGUAAACGAGCUUCAGAAUUACUUGAAUAUUGAAGAAGCUACGGGUGACGAAAAAGAUAAAAAGAUCGAAGCUCGAGCGAUCGACGAUUUGUGUUCAAACGUUACUAGUGCUUGCGAUGCUUUCCGAGAAUCGCCAAAGAUCGUUCAGAAAUGCAUGCCAUCGAGCCACGGUUUCGAGCCUACAGCGAAAGUCGUUGAAAGAAAAAUAAAUCCGGUCGGAAGUAGGGAGUACAGACUUGUUAAAGAUUCAAAUAAAAUGUUAGCAGAUCAGAAACGAUCGUUGGGUAGUAGACGCGUUGUUAAAAUGUCGGGUAGUUCGAGAAUGAAGAAGGAGAAUGGUAAGAAAUGGGGUAAAUGGACGGAUUGGAGCAGCUGUAGCGUCACUUGCGGUAAGGGUCGUCAAAUAAGAUGGCGGUAUUGUUUGCAUGAUUGUAGUACAGCAGAAACUGAAAUGGAGGAGAAGGCUUGUCAAUUGCCAGCCUGUCCGCCAAAAUUUCUUGGUAUAUUUUAAUAACAAAAGUAUUAAGGGUCUCCUAUGUACUUAUAGAGGGUGAUAGUGUUAUACUGGCAUAUAUGAAAUUUCGAGUAAAUUCGGCUCAUUAAAAUCUAUUUCUAUUUUAUAUUAAAUAUUAACAGAAACGUAUGAAAAAAAUAGGAACAUUAACUUUAAACAACACUGUACUCGGAUCUUCAUAUUAAUAAUACACAUCUUCACCCUCAAAGUUUUUAUUUAUUUAAUAGUCAUGCUAUUAUUACUAACAGGAAGCGUUUGAAUAAAACAAUACUCCGAUAAGAAAAAAGAUCCAGGUAAUGUGUCAGUAAU